CGCGUUCGUCGCGUUCAAAUCGAAAAGUUUUCGAAUCUAAAGCGCGCUACAACACCCCCUCGAAAGUGUUGUGAUAGUGUUUGUGUCUUGCACAUACAAAAGCAUCUCAAUUGAGCACUCGCUGAAGUGUGCCUGCAUGUGUGCGCUAUAAGAUCCUUGCAAUAGGAUUGAGUGUGAGAUUGGCGUAAUUUGUGAUAUUUUUUGAUUGUUUUUAAAUAAAAAAUUUUAAAAUCGAAAUAAGUGUAAAUAACACUGCCAAUUGAUUUAGAGUUGCUGUAAUGGAAUAAAAGUGGAUUACGCUUGAACAAGGAAAUAUUGAAACUAUACUCAGCUAAAACUUCUCUCAAAAGUUAAUUGCGUUGAUAAUGAAGGUCGUGUGCCUUGCGUUGGCGCUACUCUGCGUAGCACAAUGGCGCGUACAUGCCUACAGCGUUGGUAGCUCGUCUGGCUACUCAUCCUCGUCGCGCUACACAUCAUCUUCCUCCACUUCAUCCUCCAGCAGCAGUGCAGCCUGUUGUCAAUUAAGUUCCUGGGCCUAUGCCCACAUCAAUGAGGUGCGCCAGUUUGCAAAUCGGUUGAGGCAAGAAUAUAACUACAUGUCGCAGGGCAGCAGCACCGGCUAUAGUGUGCAUGGAGCUCAAUGGGAUGCAAACAUUAUCCAUCUUACUGGUAAGACCGGUUCUGAGUUGGAUGCACUGGUGCGUCGUGUUAGUGAGCAGUUGGUUACCGACAUGCGUAAAGGUCUCUUGCCUUACAACACCAUUGUCGCACCGAACUUUUUCGAAUCGAAGGCUGCCGAAACGCUUGAGACGUACACUGCCGCCAGCGAUGAUUACGGCCAGCAACAGCAACAAGUUGAAGUUGGCCACUUUCAACCAGUCGAUCUUUCGAACUUCGAUGAGGUACGCAACUAUGCCUACCCUGCCGAAGUGAAGGUUAUCGAUGGCAAGACCUAUGUCGUGCAUAAGAACUGCACCGAGGCUAAGAAGGUGAGCGGUGAUGGGUCAUAUGGCAGCCCGCUGGUUACAGUGCGCAGUCGCAAUCGUACUACCAUUACCACUAGUGGCGGUGUGCCUGCAUAUACUUAUGGCUCUGCUGGUUACAGCAGUGGCUCCCUGACAUCUGACGGCGCUACGAGCUAUCCAAGUUCGGUUUAUGUGCAACCGGGUAGCAGCAGCAGUACUACUACGGUAAGACGCAAGAACACCGUUUACGAUUGGGUUAAUCAGAAUAUGGAACCCAGUGUAAUGGGUUAUAAUCCGGUGGUAAAUGUUGCGGGCUCUUCGGAUUGGCAAAUGGGCUCUUACAGGCCAGCCACACAUAUUCCCACUGACGUUGAUGUGGAGACCUUUGGUGCUGGCGGGAGUCAAGUUUUCCGCCCGAGUUAUGCGCCUGGAUCUACGGUGACCGUGCGCCGCUAUAACAAGACAAUUAUCACCAAUCCAGAUGGUACAAAUACCGUUAGUGGCUCAGAAUUGAACCGCAAGUGGGUUGAUGGCAAACUCGUUUAUGACUCGCAACGGCCGUUUGGUGAAUGGACAGUGCCGCGCGGUGAGGCUUGGAAGCAAGAAGAGCGUGAACGUUUCUUCUGGUUCCUGACGCAAGGCAAUAUAACGCCACAGCGUUUGGAGGAAUGGCAACGGCAGCAAGAGGAACGUCUUUUGGCUAUGGCUGAACGCUAUCACACAACAAUUGAGGAUAUACAGGAAUGGCACCGCAAUGAAUUGGAUCGUUAUCGCGUGUUGUUGGGUCAGUAUCAGGCGCAAAACCCCAAUCUUACCGGCUGGAAACGCACUGAGGCCGGUCGCCUCGACUGGCUAGUCCAUCAGAAUAGCAUUACACGUGAGGAGCUCGAACGUUGGCAGCGCGAAAAUAAUGAGAAGUUGGUGCAACUUGCACGUCAAUACAGUAUCUCAUUGCAGGAACUGAAGAACUGGCAAAUCGAGGAGCUGAAUCGCCUCUAUGCUUACUUUAAUGAUCAGAAUAAUUCGAUGAUUUCACGCCCCAUAGAUUCCGGUUCACUGCGUACCAAUGAACAAGAACGUUUGGAGGAGCUAAUUCGCCAGCACAAUGCCACAAUUACGCAACUCCAGAACUCCAUACGUUUGGAUCAACAAAAACUGUCUGAUUUGGGACAAAAGUAUCGUGGAAAUGUGCAAGAUAUGGAAAAGUGGUUGAAGGGUGAAUUGGCGCGCCUGAAUGGUAUUAUUAGCGAACAACGGAACGAGAUGACACGUGUCACGGAAUGGCAAAGCUCUGAGCGCGAGCGUCUAGAAAAUGUUGUUAAGCAACAUCGUGGCUCAGUGGAAGAGUUGGAAGCGCAAAUGGCACGCGAUCGCAACUAUAUGAAAGCGUUGGCCGCAAAGUACCACGUCAGCCUUGAAGAACUGGAGAAAUGGCAGAGCUCUGAGCUGGACCGUUUACACAACGCAAGUCAGACUAAACUUGAAUUAGAUAUUCAGGAAUGGCAACGUCGUGAACGCGAACAUUUGAAGUCUAUUGUGAACAAGAAUGAUUUAACCAUUGAAGAGUUUCAAGCAAAGAUCAUGAGCGACCGUUCACGCCUCGAAGAUUUGGCAAAAACCUACAAAAUUCAAGUCUCCGAAGUGGAGGACUGGAUUAGAAAUGAAAUUAAGAAUUUCCAAUCACAAGGACUUUUGAAAGAGGUCGAAAAAGAAUUAGAAGCUUGGCAGCAGAAGGAGCGUGAGCGUUUGCAUAAAAUUGUGCAGCAGAAUGAGUUAACUGUCGAGGAGUUGGAGAAGAAAAUCAAGGAGGACCAAACGCAUUUAUACAGCAUGGCGAACAUGUACCAGGUAAGAGUUGAGGAAAUCGAAGAGUGGCUGAAGAAGGAGCUACUACGCUUACAAGGUGAAGGCCUGAUCAAGGUGGAAGACUUGAAGGACUGGCAGAAACAGGAACGUGAAGAUAUACUUAAGAUUGUGCAGGAGAACAAGUUAACCAUUGAAGAGUUUGAGAAAAAACUGUUGGCGGAUAGGCGACGUCUACAAGAGCUUGCGCAGACGUACAACGUGCAAACAUCGGAGAUUGAGGGAUGGAUAAAGAAAGAAGGUGAGCGUUUGCAGAGCUUGGGACUACUUCAGAUACAGGAACAACUGAGCAACUGGCAGAAAAGCGAACGGGAUCGUCUGCUAGAUUUGGUUAACAAGAAUAAUCUCUCUAUCGACGAACUGCAAGAGAGUAUCAAAAAGGACCGCCAGCAUUUGUACACAUUGGCCCACCAGAACCAGGUGCGCGUCGAAGAGGUUGAGGAGUGGAUCAAGAAAGAGAUCAACAAGUUACAGGAAGAAGGCUUAAUCGAAAUAAACAAACUCAAAGACUGGCAGUCACAAUGGCGUGGCAACCUGACAAAUAUGGUUAAGGAGCGAGACUUCACCGUAGAAGAGUUCCACAAAUGGUUAUUGGAGGAUCGCAAACGGCUGCAAGACCUCGCCAUGCAACACAACGUGCAUAUCGAAGAGAUCGAGCAGUGGGUGCGCAAUGAGGAGCAACGCUUCAUUAGCAUGGGUCUGCUGAAACCAAAUGAGAAGCUAACGAACUGGCAAGAAGUGGAACGUCGUUACUUGGAACGCAUCACACAAGAACAAUACCACUCCACCGAACAAUUGGAACAACGUUUGCGCCAAGACCGCGAAUUGCUGGAGAAAUUGGCACGCGACUAUAGCGUGCAAGUCGAGGAAAUCGAGCAAUGGAUGAAGAAGGAAUUGGCACGCUUACGCGAUGAUGGCCAACUGCAAAUCGACAACCUUACCGCUUGGCAAAUAGCUGAGCGCGAGCGCCUCGAGGAGCUGAUCAAACAGAAUAAGGCAUGGAGUGUAGAAGAAUUCGAAAGUGCACUGCGUCAAGACCGCGAGCACAUGCAGAAGAUGGCCUUCCAGUACCACACUUCGGUGGAGGAGAUCGAAAAGUGGAUACAAUCGGAAGUCGACCGCCUACGACAACAAGGUAAACUCGAUAUUGAGAAGCUCACUGAGUGGCAGAAGGCGGAACAUGCGCGUAUUUUGAAUUUGCUGCAACAACAAUCCACCAUCACAGUGGAAGAGUUCGAGGAGAAAGUGCAAAAGGAUAAACGUUUCCUAAUCAACUUGGCCAAUCAGUAUCAUGUGAGCGUAACAGAAGUGGAGGCUUAUGUGAAGAAGGUCAUUGACGAUUUGCACAAUAAGGGAAAAUUCGAGGUCGAGAACCUGCAAAACUGGCAGUUGGUCGAGCGUGACUACAUCAAACAAUUGAUCGGGCAAUAUCAAAAUGGUCUAUCCACUACCGAAUAUGAACAGAAAUUGUUGGCGGAUCGUGCGCAUUUGUACCAGUUGGCUGAUCAGUAUCGCAUUAGCAUCGAUCAGAUCGAGAAGUGGAUGCUUGAUGAAUUGAAACGUUUGCGCAAGGGCUCAGCCGAUCACGUGCAAAAGCUGGCUGAAUGGCAAGUGGCCGAGGCGCAACGCUUGAAGGAGCUCAUCCGCGAAAACAAUCAUUUGAGCUAUGUUGAAUUCCAAAUGGAACUUAAUAAGGAGAGACAACGCCUACAAGAGCUCGCCAAGCAGUACUCAGUGAGUGUUGAGGAGGUCGAAAUGUGGCUGCGUCAACAACUGGUCAAUCUGAAGACCACCGGACAAGUACAGGUCGAGAGUCUCACACAGUGGCAAAGUGAAGAGCAAAAACGCUUGAUUGACAUGCUGCUGCAACAACAGAACAGCCUCAGCUAUGAGGAGUUUGAGGCACAGUUACGUCGGGAUCGUGCUCACUUGCAACAGUUGGCGCAAGAGUACAGCGUGAGCGUUGAACAAAUUGAAAACUGGAUGCGCGACGAGCUACAGCGUUUGAAGAACUCCGGUCUGCUGCAAGUCGAACAGUUGACUUACUGGCAAAAGAACGAACGCGAUCGUCUACAGGAAUGGUUAAAUCAACAGAACAAUGCCACAACGUACGAGGAGUUCAAUACAUUCUUGCGCCGCGAUAAGGCACGUUUGGAGCGCAUUGCACAGGAGUAUCAUGUGACUGUUGAAGAGGUUGAAUCCUGGGUGCAACAGGAAGGUGCCCGUUUGCAAGUGCUCGGCCUGAUUACACGCCCACAGAGCUAUGUCAUCUAUGAGGACCACAGCGGCAAUGAUGAAUGGAAGGUCUACACGCUUGCACACUUGAAAGCCGUCGCACAAACAGUGCCGAUGAACUGGCAAGAUUUUGAAGAGUACUUAGUUAAGGAGCGCAUGCGUUGGGAGCAAUUUGCCCGCCAGUACCACGUCAGCGUGGAAGAGAUCGAAGAAUAUAUACGCGAGGAGGCGCAGAAACUUAAUCAGCAGGGAGUUAUUACCGGUUCAAUGACAGUUGAACAGUGGGAGAUCGAAGAAAAUCAGCACAUACAAAAUCUGAUAAACGACCGAUUACGCAAGCAACAGCGUUGGUCGAUUGAAGAGCUCGAAAGACAGCUGAAGCAAGAUCAGGAGCAUUUGCGCCAACUGGCUAUGCAGUAUCACAUAACGGUCGAAGAAGUCGAAGCGUGGUAUAAACAAGAAUUGCAACGUCUGCUGGAACAAAAUAAACUCAUAUCUGAACAUUUAGUCGACUGGCAACGCCGUGAAAAGGACCGUCUGUACCGCCUGAUCACACGUCAGCCGGGUGUAACCGUGGAAGUGUGGGAAGAGCAAAUUUUGCGCGAUAGAAACACACUUAACAAUCUAGCCGAUGAAUAUCAUGUGUCCAUUGAAGAGCUUGAAUCUUGGAUACGCAACGAGCUCAGGCGACUCACUGAUCUGGGGCUGGUACGCGACCUGCACCAAUCUACCGACUACAAUAACUGGCAGAAGCAGGAAAGUGAGCGCUUGCGCAGCAUUGCUGCCGAGAUCAACAUUACCCAAAUCGAGUUCCUUGAGUUCAUUGCCGCCGACACUGAUUACCAACGACGCUUGGCAAAACUCUACGGCACCACGCUGGAACAUUUGGCGCCCUUCCAAAGCAUCGAAAUCAGCCAUUUGCAGCGUGAAGGACUUUUGGACAACACUAAGCUGCUUACGCUUGAGCAAUGGCAGAAACGCGAACGCGAUCGUCUUUACAAUUUGAUCAAAAAUCAGAACUUCAGUUUGAAGAAUCUACGCAACUGGCAGCGACAAGACAUGUUCCUCAACGAGGUGGCCGCCAACUAUGGCAUCACUGCACAGGCGUUGAAAGACUGGCAAAUUAAAGAAUUCGAGCGUUUCAUACAAUUGGCCGAGCACUAUGGUGUGACGCUGAACCAGCUACAAGACUUCCGUGAUAAAGAAUGGCGCUACAUAAACUUUGUGAUGCACAAGAAGACCAGCAACGAGGGCGAACGCAUUAACUGGGGUGCCGAGGAGGCGAAGCGCAUGGCAGCACUCGAACGCAAGACCGGUUUGAGGGGUGAAGAAUUACUCCAGUGGCGCCGCAUAUUCUAUCUGUUGUGCCAAGGACUGCUGCCGAUGGACGCUUCCACUGGUUUUGGUGGUCAUGAGAUGGGUGCCGGUUCGACAAAUCGCACCGCCUGGCCACAUAACGUUAUCUCGAAGGAUCGCGGUGAUCAGCCACCGCAUAUUUACGACGAGAAUGUUGAUGCCGAAGAACCCGGACUGGCCGGCCAAGACAACAGUUUGUAUCCACUGCCCAAUGCAGCCAUGAAAGUGGAACCAACCACGCAAUAUCCAGCUCCAAGCGCGGCCUACCUUCCACCGUCCAGCGGUGGCCGAACAAGUGGCUAUCGUUACAGCAAGCAGGAAUACAAGUUCACUGUGCCAGCGGGUACAGUCAACGCCGCGGCUAGCGCAGAUGCGAGCAGCAGUAUGGCCAGUGCGAGUGCCAAUAUCAACGUAGGUCGUGCACGUUAUGGGCGUGAGCGUGAAAUUGAUACGCAACAGCAGCAGCAGCAAGAGGUGGAUGACUACGGACAGCAACAGCAAGUUGAAGUGGAUUGGAAUGGCAAGUUAGAAGACGGCGGCCAGCAGCAAGUGCAAGAUGGUUAUGGUCGGGGCGGUUCUGCCGGUUACUCAUCGUCAUCUUCAUCAUCGCACGGUCACCAUUCUGGUGGUGGCAGUAGCUAUGGCCGCACAAGCUAUGGUGGAUAUGGACAUCGUCAACAGCAGCAGCAGCAACAGCAACAACAGGAAGACUUCGGACAGCAACAGCAGGUGGACGAUUUUGGGCAACAGCAACAAGUUGAAUUGGAUGACUACAAACAACAAGAAUGGGAUCAGCAGCAACAAGUGCAGGUCGAGGAUCUUAGUGGUUCCUACGGUGGUGCGCAGGCUGGCUACAAUCAGAAGCAAGUAUCGAGCACGGAAGCGAAUGCGCACGUCGAAGUGGCUGCAGUAACUGAAAAUACCGGUCUGUGGAACUCCUUUAAGAAGAAGGCUUCUGGACUCUUUGGAUAACUCAUCUCAGGUGGGGCUAAAGGCCCUUUAAAAAUCUAAAAUUGAUAAUUCAGACAAACGAAAAAUCGAUACACUUUUGUUCAUAAAUCCUUCAGUUGUUUUUAAUGUAAAUUUAUUGCGUUUUCAUGAUUUAUUUCGUAAUUUUUUAUAAAUAACGUGUCAUAUUUUGAUUGUUUUUUAUAUUUUUAUUUGUUAGUUUCUAAGUUUCUAAAUGUGUGCUCCAUACGCGAAUAAUACGACUGCUUCGUUUUAUAAUUAAUUU